AAAGAGUUACAGCUCCAGCCCGAAGGUGCGUGAGCGCCAGAUCCGAGACUCAGAGAGGCAGAGGAGCCAAAGAUGGACUUGCUGAGGAUGACAAACAUGCCCCUGGCCCUGAUCAAUGAAGACAUUGACUACUCAGACAAAUAUUCUGACGAUGUCUAUGAGUACAGACGUGUCACUGUUCCCCGUGCCAUGCUGCAGACAUUCCCUCAGGGCCGCACCAUGGAGGAGUGGGAAUGGCGCCAGCACGGGAUUGUCAUGUCUCGAGGAUGGGAGCACUACGAUCACCAUGCGCCGGAAGCAAAUGUGCUGCUGUUCCGACGAGUACUUGGCACUGAUCCAAGGACGGGUCUGAUUCCUCCCAAGAUGGCACUCAAGGUGCAGCAGAGACUCCAAUAUGUUCAAGAACUGGAGCAGGCCAGACAGCGCAUGAUUCAAGAACGCAUGCUUCGAGAACAGUCCAUGGGCACCAUGGAUUUCUGAGGUGAUUAUGCAAAUCGGAAAACACAUCACGAAAUGUAGUAUCACGAAUCAAUUCGCUUUGCGCGGCUACGUUCUCAAAUUUGGGACCCGUGAAGCUCUUAGACUGACCAGUUGAUGUCAGCCCAAAGGUGUCCUUAGAAUGGUCCCAGAAAUUAGUCUGACCAUGUCUGACCUAGAUUCAUUCUGCUUCGCUACAAGCAGAUGUUUUAAUUAAUGUCUUUCAUGUCUCGAGGCUCUCAAAUGGAGUAAAUGAUAUUGAAAAUUGUUGGAUGCUUUGCAUAUCGUUG